GAGCAAUGUAAAUGUGUUGAUCGACAUGAAGCUUGAGAAGCACAAGAACUUAAGGGAAGAAGCGGCAUUUUAUUGGAGGGAGAUUUCUGAUGGGACCCUCAAGUUUGACAGGAUAGAAUCUGAGAUUGCUGCACUGAGGCAGCUUACACAACAAGAGCUGAUAGAUUUUUUCAAUGAGCAUAUAAAAGUUGGGGCACCUCAUAAGCGGACAUUAAGUGUACGAGUGUAUGGGAACUCACAUUCAUCUGAGUAUAAAAUAGACAAAAGUUCACCAGCGCAAGCUUCCUCCGUCAAAAUCGACGAUAUAUUCAGCUUCAGAAGGUCACAACCUCUUUAUGGUUCAUUCAAGGGAAAUCAUGUGAAGUUGUAG